AUGGAUAUUACUAAACUGAAAGCAAAUGCCGAGAAGCGUAAAGAGGCUGCUAAUGUAUGUAGAAGUGUGGCAAAAACACUGGAACGAUAUGCCAAUGAACCAAUAGUAUAUGGAGAUACCAUUAUUUCUUAAUUCAAUCGAUGGAGUCAGAAAUGAAACAGCCAUGAUUUUACCAUUACAUUCACUCUUAUAGUUAUAGUUGGUAUAAUAUAGCAGCUGAGUGUAAAAUCAAACUAAGCCCUGAUUCUGGUGUUACAUGGUUGGAACUGACCAUACCAGAUAGAUUUCCUUGCAUCAGACAGAGGAAAACACUCUGUCAGCAUAAUUUGACAGAGUACAACAAUAAUACCUCAAACAUGUAUUUUUAUCUAAUUGUAUUAUGUAGAUGAAUUUAAGAUCAUCUGAAUACUAUAAAAGAUACGACUGUCUCUGUUGAUUUGUGGAACUCAAUAGUCACACCAGGUAAUAAUGCUUCCCAAAGGAAAACAGGAUACAGGCUUUUCCUUGAUAGUGGGAAUGAGGCCCAUCCUUUGAUUGGUAUAAUGCAUACUUGGAUAUUGAUUUAUACAUUGGACAUUGAACACUACUAAACUGUUUAGUCACACACAAAAUAUGUUUCUGUUUUAGACCUGAUUAAUUGUGUCCUUUAUCCACAAGAAAGAGGUUGCAAGAACAUAUGGUACAUUGAUGAGAUACAGUAGACAGUUUAAUGAUUACCUCACCAGGCCAACAAUAGAUGUUAUAUUUGAUAAACUCCAUGGCACUCUGUACUUUGAUCUUACAAAUCAGGAAGAGAAACUGAAAGCCAGUUCAUGUAAGCUGGAAUUCAAGCACACAUUGUCUGUUGGCCCUAAUGCUGAUUCCAAUCUGUAAGUUCAAACACUGCAUGAAGAAGAACUAUCUGUUGAUGUUGUUAGUGGAAAAGCACCUCUGAAAGCUUAAGCAGUAGCGCACAUAAUACAAAAAGCAUAAAAUAACAACUUUUUUUCUCAUAAAAUACAUGUUUUAUAAUUAAUAUAUCAAUAUUAACAUAAUAUAAUAGUAUAAAUGACUAAUAGAUAUCCUUCUUACAAAGUCAUAUUGAGUGACAAUCAAAGAGUAAAAUUAGCAAAAGCAUACCAGGACAAAUCACCCAUUGCUCUACGUUUGUCAAAAGGUGAACUAAUUGGUAAUAAUGAAAUUAUAUUAACAAAAACACAACUCUAG